GCUUCUAGUUUUUAUUGAGGGACCUUGGACGUAAUUAUAUGAAGGAAUAAAUUAGAGUACAGCUUCUCUCCAAAAUAUAUAGGAGUACAGCUCAGCUUAAAAAACAGGAAGGAAGUCUGCAUCACAAUGGAAAUAAUUCCGGGGCUUCCAGAAGAUUUAGGGAUGCAAUGCUUUGUGAGGGUUCCAUACAGAUACCACUGCAAUCUUAGGGCCGUGUGCAAGAGCUGGGAUGCUCUUCUCAGCUGCCAACACUUUUAUCAACAGCGACAGCGCCAUGGGCAGUGCGAGGAAGGAGUAGUUUCUCUUUACUAUUUUGGACAAAAUGGAGGUAAUUUCGAUGUAAUUAUUUAUUACCCGCUUGCGCAGUGGUGGGAAAGACUCCCUCAAAUCCCAACGGAAUUUGGACUAAAAUACAGGGAGCAUCAUCGUUGCGUGUUCGUUAGAUCGACAAAACAGCUGGUUGUGGUGGGGAUUUUCAACAGCCGCAGCAACAAAGAUGGUGUGUUGAUAUUUGAUUUUUUAUCUCGGGGAUGGCGGCUGGGCGCCGACAUGCCAUACAGUAGAUUUUUCUUUGCAUGUGCCGCCUCACCAACUGAAGGACUCGUCUAUGUUGGCGGUGGCGACGUCCGCAGGGGGCCUUCCACUGGCUAUCAGUAUCAUCAACUAGAAGGUUUUGUUUACAAUGUAGAGGAAAACAAGUGGGACUUUUUUCCUCCUAUGAAUUCUGAUUACAUCAUCGCUGAUGCUGGUGAGUAUGAUUAUUUUUGUGUUGGUGUUUUUCUUGAUGACAAGUUUUAUGUAGUCACCCGUGAAAGCGAAAGAGCGCAAGUUUAUGAUCCUCACACUGGCCUAUGGAAUAACAUAAAUAAUGACGGUAAUGCUCGUUAUAUUCACAGCUGCGUAGCUGCUGUUAAGGGGUUUUGGUGGUUACGCUGGAGUGGUCGUGAUCAGGGCUGGAUAGACGUGAAGGAAAUCGAUAUUCUGAGAGACUCACAGUCUAGAGCUGGGCAAUUUGCUGUGGCCAACAAAAUUGGUGCCUUUUUUGUAAGUGCUGUUAAUUGCACCAAUCGUGUUGAGUAUUUUCAUUUUGAUCCCCGUCAGAGAGAAGAGAGACAUAAAUGGUUUCAUGUUAGCAGGUUUUUAUUUUCAUCGCCUUCUGUCCAAAUUUAAUAAAGUAUAUCGAUUAUUUACAGUCACAGAAGGUUUCGCCGAACUCUUUCAAUUAUUAUUUCUUGCGAGAUCCAACAAAACUAUAUACUAGCUACAAUGUAUAUGAGUAUCAGAGGGAUUUAAAUUAAUUAAAAAUCAACUG